GUUGAAUUUCAUGUGACCGGAGCAUGAUCACGAAAAAGAGGCUUCUUUGCAAGUCAGAGAGGGCUCCAGUCAAGAUAUUCAAGAUUUUUUGUAGAGUACCUUUCUGAGCUAAACAUGACUGAGGCUCUGCACAGUUUUUUCCAUGAGAUGUUAGAGAGGGCUGAUGGGUUGUUAGCAAUAAUGGUGACGGACAGGGAAGGUGUGCCUGUUAUUAAAGUUAACCAAUCAAAUUGCCCAGAACUUGCAACAAGAGGCAGCUUCCUAGCAACAUUUUCAACUGCAACAGAACAGGCUAGCAAACUGGGAUUAUCAAAAAACAAAAACAUGAUUUGCUUGUACCAAUCAUACCAGAUUAUAAUGUUCAAUUUCUCACCGCUGGUAGUCACAGUGAUUGCUAAGGGCUCUGCAAACACAGGUAUGAUUCUCUCGCUUGAAGAUGAAUUCUCGGAAAUACUGAAAGACUUAAGCAAGACUGUAGGUAGCACAUAGUCGAGAUAGAGGUCAGUUAUAAAUAAUAUUGUCUUCUGCUCUGCUUUUAUUGAAAAAAAACCCGACCUCGUGGGCUUAUCAUUGGCGCUUGCCCCCUGAAUUUCUCUAUGGGAAAUUUGUCUUGCUAAAUUUAUCUUUUCCAGUAUUGAAAAAAUCGAAUGACUCUAGCAUAUCCUCAAAGUAUUCGAUGGUGCAAAUUUUUUUUCUAACUUUCAUGUUCGAAAUUCAAUUUUUUCGUGCUGCACAGUUCAAGAGUUAAUCCAAAAACAAAAUUAAAGUUAAUUUUUGUUUAUGAUGCAUUAUGAUGCAUCAAACUUAAUUUUUGUUAGCCAGAGCCAGUUGGGUAGACUUCCAGUUAGUGAGGGUAGAGAUGUUAAGACUCCUUGAUGUAAGUUAAGAAUCAAAAUAUGCGAAUUCCAAUUGAAAAUAUUAGGCAUUGGUAGAUAAAAUAUUUGUAAAUGAUUUAUACUGAUGUAUUUUUGUUGUGCUAGAUUUUGUAGCCGUAGAAAAAGCUUGAUUUACGCUUACAGUAAAAGGUAGCUGAAGUAUUUUUUUUGUUCCGGAGAACUUGUUUCUAUAA